UAUUAACAUAAACAUAACAAUAACUAUAUCGUAAUCAUAAUUGUAAUAAAUAAAUAAAUAAAUAAAUUGAUACAAGGUGGUUAACGAUUUAAAAAGCAAACAUUAAUAGCUUGCAUCAGGUCUUUAAAGAAAGGUCGCGUGCCAACUGGGCCGCACGGGACACCCGAAGCGGCGUUUAUAGCCCGUCUUAUUGCCCAGUUUAUUACAUCGUAACGGCUUAACGAUAAUCGGCCGCACGGGCCGACGAGUUCUCGGUAAAGGUCGUCCGCUUGAACAAACCAUAAAACACGCUGUCAUGAGCUACCCAAAUACGCGCUGCGCUCUUUUAAACUAUUGACGAUUCUGACAUAGACCAAGUUUAGCUCACCGGCCGCCGAUGACUUUUACGACCUCGCGGCCGGUUUUCCCUUAUUUUUACUUUGUGAAUUUUACUGUCCCAUUGACACUUUAUCAAUCUUCGUCAUCAUCAUCAUCUUCAUCAUCAUCAUCAUCAUCUUCAUCAUUAUUAACUUAACUGGUGAUUAUUAUUAUUAUUAUUGUAAUUUAUAAAAAGAAUUCUGUGAUUUGUUUCAAAGUUUUAAAAAUACGCUCGAGUUUAUUUAUAAUUAAAAAUAAUCGUGUGUUUAAGUGAAAAGUGUGUUCAAGAUACCCGGAAUAAUGAACUCGUACUUUGAGCAGAGCGCGAGUGGCUUCUACGGAAGCCACCAUCAUCAAACAAGUGCAGCAGGUCAGCACCAUGAUCCGGCGACCGCAGCAGCCUACAGCCGGUUUCCUCUUGGUCUGGGAAUGUCGCCGUACGCUUCAAGCCAGCAUCAUCACCACACAUCUAGCAGCCUGGGGAUCCAUCCUGGGAGCGGGACAAAUACCAGGCCACCUCAGGAUUCUCCGUACGACGCGAGUGUCGCGACCGCCUGCAAGCUCUACUCUUCAACCCCAGAGGCAACCGGACACACGACGUCCUCGUAUUCGAGCGCAGCGAUAAAAGAUUGCAAGCAGCAGGAACAAGCAGUCGCUGCGGCUGCUGCAGCUCACCAAAACGGCUAUGCUGCGGUGAUGGCUGCAGCCGCUGUCAAGGACGUUUGGCAGUCGGCGACGUCAGGCGCGAACGGCCAAAGUAAUCCCGUGGUUCGUCCAUCCGCAUGCACGCCUGAAGGCACGCGAGUCGGCAGCUACGGCAGUCUCGUGGGCGGCGAUCCCGCCUCGAGUCCCGGUAACAACGGCUCCUCGAGGUCCCUGACUUCCUCGUGGAACACCUGCAGUCUUAACUCCACCGCGAGCCAACCGGUCGCCACUCAACUACACCAACAACCCACUGGUAACCAUACCUUCUACCCCUGGAUGGCCAUAGCAGGUAAGGACGAUAUCGCUAAGCCGCAUUGGACAUGGUUGCAAGGUGCGAAUGGGCUACGCAGGCGCGGUCGGCAAACCUACACGCGUUACCAAACAUUGGAGUUAGAAAAGGAAUUUCACACGAACCACUACCUCACAAGGCGGAGACGGAUUGAGAUGGCGCACGCGCUAUGUUUAACAGAAAGACAAAUAAAAAUAUGGUUCCAAAAUCGGCGGAUGAAAUUAAAAAAGGAAAUUCAAGCGAUCAAAGAAUUAAACGAACAGGAAAAACAGGCACAGGCGCAAAAAGCGGCAGCAGCAGCUGCGGCGGCAGCGCAUCAGCAAGGGGGUGGUGGAGGCCCUGACGGGGGCAACUAGGGGUACGCCUUGCACCGGAGCCCCCCUGACCAUCACAAUGCCAAUCCGCACCAUUCCCUGUUAGCAUCGCAAUGUACACAGCUAUAUUAAGGUGAGUGGCAGGCUGCUCCAACCGUUUUUAUAAUGCCAAAUAGGUGUCGAUGUGCUGUCCCAAUCCGUCGGAAGUAAAUUUAUCGGUUGCGGCGAAUGGAAGCUGCACCGGUGAGUGACGAACCCCCGGAGUCUCCCGUAGUGAACUUAUGACGCAACCUCACCUCCUGAACAGCUAAAAAAUACCCCACAGACCAAAUCAGCCAUGCCCGAGUACGGUAUAUUUGAAUGCCAAUUAGAAUCGCCAGUAGGUUUUGGAACUGUUAUAUACUGUUAUAGUCCUCUAUAGCUUUAGGUUGUUAACUAUUGUUUCUGUUUCUGAAUUAAGUAAUUAGUGCAUCGGCAUCCGUAGUAUUAAUUUUUAUAGUCGUGAAUAAAAGUGAGUGAAUUUUACCUGUACCGGGAUCGUGCAACUAAAUUCGAGCAGACAAAGUGAUAUAAGUUUUUUAAAUUUAAGUUAUAAAUCCAAUGGCUAACUAUCGUCAAUGGUAAAUAAUUAUCAUUAUCAAUUAUGAUGAGGGCCAAGGCUCAGAUAUUAUAUCACCAAUAAAUAUUAUGUGUAUAAAAAAUUAAACUUAAACACAGGCUAUAAAUAUAGUAUUUCGUACGUACUUUAGAAUUUAUUAGGAUUAAAUCCUACUAAACAUACACUUAUAUAUGUAAAUUUUCGAACAAGACGGUGUACAAAGUUAUCAAGAUUUUUUAUUUUU